UUCCCCUUCCGCCCAAAGCCUCUGGGUUCAGAUCCUGCCUUUUCUCUUCCAAGCAAAGGGAACAAGAAAGGGGAUCAUGCCUACACUGUCUCAGCAAAGAUUACUCUAAGCGUUUCCUUCGGUGAGAAAGACUGGAACCGAGAGGAGGCUGCCGUUGCAAGAAACACGAUGGCUGCCCAGCAGCUCAAAAGCAAAAUAGCGGCUUCUCCGAGAGAAAUGGUGGAUCCUGGCCUCCCAUUGCAAGUUCAAGUGAAAAUGGAGGCUCCCUGUCAAGUGGACAACGCUGCUGCGAGGGAAGGAAAUGGAAAAUUCCCUCUCAUAAUCCAGUCAGGAACCACUGAGGAGUUAGCGAGGGGAACGUCUGUAUCGAAAGUGAAACAAGAGCUGUUUGAGGAACCACUUCCAAGCUGGGAUUGCCAGUGGCAAAGGGUCUUAGAAGUGGUGCCUGCUCCGGUCGCUACCACAGUAUGGGACAACCGACCUUUGCCUCCUUUGACUCAAGGAACCAACACUGAGACCUACUUGGCCACUUUUGAGCGAAUGGCUGACACGUCUCAGUGGCCUAGAGAAGAGUGGGUGACGCGGCUCAUGCCCGUUCUCAGUGGGCAAGCUCAGCAGGCCUGUUUCAGCCUGGACACAAAAGACAAGGGGGACUAUGGGAAGGUGAAGGUGGCCAUUUUGAGGCUGGACAAUUAUGUCGCGGCAGAGACCCACCGCCAAGGCUUUAGGCACUUCUCAUACCAGGACGCUGAGGGCCCACGCGGGACGUGCCGACAGUUACAGGAGCUUUGUCAUCGGUGGUUGCGGCCCGAGAGCCAGACUAAGGAGCAGAUCUUGGACAUGCUCAUCUUGGAGCAGUUCCUUUUCAUCCUACCUCAGGAAAUGCAAGAUUGGAUAAGGGAACGUGGACCGGAAACCUGUGACCGGGCUGUGGCACUGGCAGAGGAGUUCUUACAGAGACAGCAGGAGGGUGAGAGAUGGGCACAACAGGUAGCUGUACCAAUUGAGAUGGCAAUUAUCAAUUCCUCCAUUGUAGAUCAGGCUGUUUUGGAGGUAGCACAGCAGAAUCCAUGUAGAGAGGCCAAACAAGUUGACAAUGAAGAUAACAACUUGCAAGAAGGCAGCUUUGUAAGUAAGAACGGGGCCAAGGAUAUGAUCCAAGAAGGGUGUGCAUUGAAGGAGCAAGGAAGGCAACCUCAUGAAGGAUUUGGAGAGGCUGUUUUCCUAAGGGGCGACUCAAGAAGACCACAUGUGAGUGAGCACGGAUUGGGAAGGCAGCCAAAGGUGAGGGUGAUCCAUGACAGAGGGCUUGGUAGUCUCCUGACUGAUCCGGAAACAAAACGGCACCUGUGCAAGGAGUGUGGGAAAAGAUUUCGGAAGAAGUGGGACUUGAUCAGGCACGAAAGAAUCCACACGGGGGAGAAGCCCCACCAAUGUGCCUACUGCGGGAAGAGGUUCACACGGCGCUCACAUGUCACCAACCACCAGAGGCGCCACUCAUGCCAAGGAAGGCCUUGAUGAAGUACUCACCACUUACAAUGGACAGAGAGCACAAAAGCCUUUUAGUUCUGUUUGUCCUGCAAGGUUUGGAGUCGAGGUUAAGCUGUUAAAGAGUGGUGAUGGCAGCUUUGACAAUAUUUUACUUGAUUCUGGUGAACCAAAACAUGCCAGAAGAAAACAAUUUUCAUGGGCACACACCCUGGUAAAGUUCGACAUCUGUGUCUGCUUCUAUCAUUUGGUGGAAACUGAGGGAAUAUCAAAGAGACAGGAAUGUCAUCCAACUAUGCCCGAUACAGAAUGGUAGCAAUGAGGUCAGUUUCCAGAUUAUUUAGCAUGUUAUUUCUGAAUCUCUUGCUGGAGGAGCUGGUAUUUCAUCAUGGCCUGCAGCAUGGACUCAAAGCCCAAACUAGCAGAUACUGCUAGAAGGACUUGAAUAAUUGCUAUUUUGAGGAGAGCUACUGAUGAUUUUUGUACCAAGAUAGAGUUGCUGUAUCAGAAGUACCCUUUUGGAGCUUUGCUGUACUAAUGUCAGAAGCUGACUGUUCCCAUCAAGGUGUCUGGAGGGGGCAUCUAAAAGAACAAAAUCUGUUCAGCAGCAGAGAAACAUGUUGCUAAGGAAAAACAACACCUUUCACCAUGACUGGUGGGAGCAAUUGAAAGGCUUGGUCUACAUCUGAACAAAGGACAUAACCCGGGGGAAAACAGGGUGCAGCCUAACCCAGGUGAAAACAAACUCCAGGUCUUGCAGUGGAAAGAAAAUUGACCUACUGGCCUGGUGAACUUGUAUUCCUUCAACAUCAGCUUGAUGUACAGAAAUCAAUAGGUUUCAUAUUACUGACACAAAAGUAACAUCUGUUAAUUUUUGUAUAUCAAGCUUUUCUUAAAGGCAAAAGUAUAGUAGGUGGCUGAAAAUCUGGCAAGCCAGUGCAGGGAAGACAGGAUGGCGAAUAAAGAUACACACGUGGUUCCUUUUCAGGGUCUACAGUUGCUAAGGAUAACUUCAUGGGCUGCAAGAGUACUGAUUUUGAAGUGAUCACAUAGGGCUGGAUAGUGACACUUCUGUUUUAAAUCCUUGAGGUCAAACUGAGGUAGCUGUUAAGUAUUUGCCUUGUUCCUUUUAAAAUAGUAAAAAUCAAUGCAGCAUCUGUUUUAUGUAAUGUAUUUUCCCCUUUUCCUAGACAUUGUCUAGGUUUGACUGAAGACUACAUGUUAUCAAACAUUUACAAGUCAAAACAUUGGUUUUAAUAAAGCCUGUCAACAGUU